CUAACACACACACAGACUGUAUUGAAGUGUUGAAUGCAUUUUCAUGUAUUGUGUGUUUGUGUUCGUGUGAGGCGUUUGUGAACACUAUGUCUAUGUCUAUGGCUGUAGUGUUGUCUCAAUGUCUCUGACGUGGAGAACAACUGAUUAGACGUUUAUAAGCAUUUGAUUCACUCAACCACGAACUCAUACCGACGAUUAUCACCACAUUUGUCGCCAUCACAUCCACCGCACGAUGACGAAGAGAGGCCAUCACCUGUUUGUGUGUCUGCUCGUCGUGUGUCUCAUAUCGGACACCAUCAGCGAUGAACACUCGCAUACCUACGAAGACAACGAAGAGGUGGUGCUGUGGAUGAACACAGUCGGCCCCUACCAUAACAGACAGGAG